AUGGGACGAACAAUAUCUCCAUCAACAGUAACAAUUAGGCAAGAAAACCUUCGACAAAUACCCAGCAAAACAAAGUACUUCUCAAAACGCUCAUUACCAAAAAGUCUGAUGACAAAAAAACGUUUACUCAUCAUCGUAGCGGGCAUAGGAGGAGCAGUAGCCGUAGUUGCCGUUGUUGUUUCAAUUGCGGUUAUUUAUGGUCGUUCAGCGGGAACAACACAAAGCACAACAAUUGCCCCUUGGACACUUGCUUCUGCCUAUUGGGCAUUUGAUCAGAACGGAAAUGAUUUAUAUGGCGUUUAUAAUGGUGUUAAUACGGGAAGUUACCCACAAACAAAUUAUUUUCAGUCGCAUGAUUAUAUACAAUUUGGUUACUCACUCCAGGUUUCAAAUCAACAGUUUACAGUUUCAUCAUAUUUCAAUAUGUCCUAUCGAAGUUUUACAGUGGAAGCAUGGAUAAUGCCAACAACACUAAGCGGUGAUAAUACAAUAUUCAGCCAGUGCACAUGCGCAACAUGCACAAGUCAAUGUUUAUAUUUAAUUAUCCGCAGUAGUCGCUUAUUUAUGGGUUUUAAUUUUAAUGAUUUACAAGGAUCAACAACGCUGUCAACAAGUGUUUGGUAUCAUGUUGCUUUUGUUUACAAUUAUGCAACAUUGCAGCAAAUAAUUUAUCUGGACGGUGUACAAGACAGUGUACGCACGAAUGUACAACCGUACCUAGGUCAAAAUGGGUCAAUAAUAAUUGGGGCACAAUCAUCGUCAAGUUAUUACUAUGGGUAUAUUGACAAUUUAGCCCUCACGACACGGGCUAAAAGUGCAACAGAAAUUUCCAAUGACGCCACGUUAUUAUUUUAUUAUUCGUUCGAUUUACCGAGUCCCUUUUAUGACAAUGGUCCGAAUCGGUUGAAUAAUACUGCUAUUUCGAAUUAUGCAUCGGUAUCAUCAACAUCCGGACGCGUUAAUCGGGGAAUCGACUUUACCACAACAUCAUCUUAUUUUCAAAUGUGUUGUUUUUAUCAACUUGCUUGGCUUGCUAGCAAACCAUAUACAUUUGCAAUAUGGAUUUAUCCGACAUCGAUUAAUGGUGGUGCAAUUGUACAUAUAUCAUAUUACUACACGAAUGGCGGUUGUUGUAGUUUUGGUGGUUAUGGUUAUGAUAUACUUGCUCUAACGUACAGUGGACAAAUUGUUACCCAGGUUUAUUAUAAUAGUUAUUUUCCAGGUUAUAUUGGGCCGAUAAUCCCGAUAAAUACAUGGACACAUGUUGCAUGUACCUAUAGUUCCACCAAUGGCGUUAUUCUCUUGGCGUUAUUAUUUAACUUUGCAAAGAAAGGUCAUGUAGAGCUGGGAGAGGUCUUAUUUUAA